CGCCUUCCUCUGUUUAUAGUACUGUUAUGUCAGUGGUGGGUGCAGCGUGUCGACUGGUGGGACAUGUCUCCGAUAAAAGAUUUCUGUGUGACUUACGACGCUAUCAACGAAGAGGGCACCUUUUCCAGUGGGGAUCCUCUUUCAGGAACAGUUACUUUCACUUUGACAAAAGACACCAAAGUGAAAUGUCUUUCCGUAAAAGCUAAGGGGGACGCGCGCGUGCACUGGACAGAGGGAACUGGAGAUAACAAGAGGUCGUACUCUGCGCACAGGAGAUACUUCAAACUGAAAGAAUUGUUAUUAGCAGAAAAUGAGAAAGGCACUGUACUUCCCAAAGGGACCCAUCGCUUUAAAUUCAGGUUUCAAAUCCCACAGGGGGAUAUGCCUUCAUCCUUCAAGGGGCUUCACGGAAAGAUUGUGUACAUGAUUGAGGUGAAGAUGUCCAGGAGCUGGCGGCUGCCCUCUAUAGAACAAAAUGAGAUUAAAUUUGUUUCCAGGUCCGUACCACGCCUUGACCAAAUGGUGAGCACACAGUUUGGAUCAGUGAAUAAAGAGAUGGGAAUGUUUUCUAAAGGAGAGGUCCAAAUGUCCGCUUCCGCUAACAGAAAGGUUUGUUCUCCAGGUGACACCUUGUCUAUUGUUGCCAAUGUCAAGAACAUGUCUUCCAAAACAAUGAGAGCCAAAUUCAGUUUACAGCAGAAGACAGUGUACCGCGCCAGUGGCAGCACCAAUUCUGGUGACAUAAGUCUGUGCAAACUGCUCGGUGACACUAUCGCACCAAACUCAGAGGUAAAUGUCACCUGCCAACUGGAGAUUCCUGCUGAUGUCAUCUACUCUCUCCAAAAUUGUGACAUCGUCUCAGUUGACUAUUACGUCAAGGUGUAUUUGGACAUCAGCUUUUCCUUUGACCCAGAGGUUGUGUUUCCACUGAUCAUUAUUCCUUCUAGCCUUGCUAAACUUCAGCCUGUUGAGGCUAUGGGGCCUAACCCAGCUGGGCCCUUUUGGGGAGCAAGUAACAGCGACUUCCCUCCCCCUGCACCCGCAGGUCUAGGUGCUUAUGCAUACCCACCACCGGUUCCCACUCAACCCGCAAACAUCUCAAGUGGCUAUAAUAAUCCUUGGCCACAACCGGCCACUCAGUAUGGUUUUUCAAUCCCAACAUUCCCAUCAUCCUCAGUGCAACAUCCAGCCCCUACUGCUCCACCUCAGUUCCAACAGGAAGCAGAACCACCAUCAUAUAUGGACCUUUUCCCCCCUUCUCAGGAUACUCAGGGCUGGGGUGGAACAAAUCAAAAAAGCUGAGCUUCAAAAAGAAAACAAACAAUCUUGAAAUAAUGACAGAUGCUCAAGGCAUUUGAACUAUUUAUAACAUAGUAAAAUAUUUGCCAUUUACAAAUGUAAAACUGAAUUCUAUAUCUCUUCUACUGUUUGACAUUCUAACAAGUUCUUUUUUUAUAGAGAAGAAUAUUUCAUAUGUGCAGAGUGUAUGAGUGUUCGAUGUAUAACCAAAAUGGCCAGUGUUCUAUGUGAGAGUAAGUGCUCUGUUCCUGUGAGGAUCUUUCAGUGUAAUAGUGUCUCUCUCUGGUUUGUGGGCUCAGCCUGGCAGAUGUCUGCAACUGAUUGCUUCAUUUUCAACAUCCUGCCUUUUAAAAAUGUCUUGGGCUUGAGAGGUCUGAGGGCAGCUUUUCUCACAGCAGUGCCUGGUUCUGCCCUCAACCUCCAACCUAAUUGUCCAUUAGAUGUAAGAUUGUUGGGACAUCUUCAAUGUCUGUUUUAUUCAUAGUAACUAUUUUGUUUUAUUAAAAUUGAUUUUAUUAUGUUCUGUUUUAUUUUAGUACCACUUAUACCUUACUCUGCAGUGUGUGGCGCAGAGAGAUGCUUCACUGUGAUAUUGUUUGAUACAAUUAACAGUAAGUAAGUAAUGAUAUUUGACUUCACUUGACUUGUAAGUUGUUUUGGAGGUUGUGUGAAUAGAAUAGUAAUUUAUCUUUUUGUUAACUGUACUAGUCAUUUUUUUUGUUGUUUUGGUUCACCCUGAGCUAUAGUGCUUCAGUUUAUUGUAACAGUUCCACAGUUUGUAACAAUAAAUUAUUCCACUUUAACUACAAUUUAGUAUUCAGACUUUGGUUUGGGCACCAGGGAGGAAACAACCUUGUUUAUAUCACACUCCCACUCUCCUGUAGGGUGUAACAAAAUAUAUAUUCACUUGAUUCCUUACUUUUAAUACAGAUAUUUAUUUGUUCAUGGCAGUUCAUGGCAUGACUGGUAAACAAAACCUCAGAUGUCAUACAGAGAGCAAGUUAUUAUAGGAGCUGCAGGAGAACAGUUAGGAAAUAUGUUGAGGAACUUGUUGGGCACAACUAAAUUAACAGACUAAAGUAACUUCUGCUGAAAGGAGUGGCAGUUGGAAAAGUGUUGAAAAUGUGAAAUCGACUGAUACAAGUGUAUGGCCCAUUGGGAAACCAGGAGAGACUGUACAGUAUUGUUCAACUCCAUCUCAAACCUGGUCAGGGAGAAUUAUUUUGAGACUUGAAAGUCUCAGAAACAGUUUAAAGAGUUCACUUUUUAUUGUAGUCACCUGGAUGGCUUAAUCCAAAGGUUAAUUGCAAGAUGACUGUAUUUUCUCCUGGACUUUGAAUUUCAAUCAUAAGAGAAAUUACACUGAUGUGAAAUAGUGUUUGUUAUUAAAUAAAAUAUUGCUUUAAUAA